AUGGAAGCGGCGGCGCCGACGGCGGCCGAGGCGGCGGGGCACGAGGAGCUCGAUAUGGAUGUAAUGAGGCCCUUAAUAAAUGAGCAGAAUUUCGAUGGGACAUCAGAUGAAGAACAUGAGCAAGAGCUCCUACCUGUUCAGAAGCAUUACCAGCUUGAUGAUCAAGAGGGCAUUUCAUUUUUACAAACUCUUAUGCAUCUUCUUAAAGGAAAUAUUGGAACUGGCCUUUUAGGACUUCCAUUGGCCAUAAAAAAUGCAGGCAUCGUGCUUGGACCAAUCAGCCUUGUGUUUAUAGGAAUUAUUUCUGUUCACUGUAUGCACAUUUUGGUACGUUGCAGUCACUUUCUCUGUCAGAGGUUUAAAAAGUCAACAUUAGGCUAUAGUGACACUGUCAGCUAUGCUAUGGAAAUAAGCCCUUGGAAUUGUCUUCAGAAGCAAGCAGCAUGGGGACGGAGUGUGGUUGACUUUUUUCUGGUGAUAACACAGCUGGGAUUCUGUAGUGUUUAUAUUGUCUUCUUAGCUGAAAAUGUGAAACAAAUUCAUGAAGGAUUCCUGGAGAGUAAAGCGCUUGUUUUUAAUAGCACCAAUUCAUCAAAUCCAUGUGAGAGAAGAAGUAUUGACCUAAGGAUAUAUAUGCUUUGCUUUCUUCCAUUUUUAAUUCUCUUGGUCUUCAUUCGUGAGCUGAAGAAUCUGUUCAUGCUCUCAUCCCUUGCCAACAUUUCCAUGGCUGUCAGUCUUGUGAUAAUUUAUCAAUACGUUAUUAGGAAUAUGCCAGAUCCCCACAACCUUCCAAUAGUGGCUGGCUGGAAAAAAUACCCACUUUUUUUUGGUACUGCUAUAUUUGCUUUUGAAGGCAUAGGAGUGGUUCUUCCACUUGAAAAUCAAAUGAGAGAAUCAAAACGCUUCCCCCAAGCAUUGAACAUUGGCAUGCUAAUUGUUACAACUUUGUAUGUAACAUUAGCUACCUUAGGAUAUAUGUGUUUUCAGGAUGAAAUCAAAGGCAGCAUAACUUUGAAUCUUCCUCAAGACGUAUGGUUGUAUCAGUCAGUGAAAAUUCUAUAUUCCUUUGGCAUCUUUGUGACAUAUUCCAUUCAGUUCUAUGUUCCAGCAGAGAUCAUUAUUCCUGUGGUCACAUCCAAAUUUCAGGCUAAGUGGAAGCAAAUCUGUGAAUUUGUGAUAAGAUCCAUCUUGGUUAGUAUUACUUGUGCGGGAGCAGUUCUGAUUCCUCGUUUAGACAUUGUGAUUUCCUUCGUUGGAGCUGUGAGCAGCAGCACAUUGGCCCUGAUCCUCCCACCUUUGGUUGAAAUUCUUACAUUUUCUAAGGAACACUACAAUAUAUGGAUGAUUCUGAAAAAUAUUUCUAUAGCAUUUACUGGAUUUGUUGGUUUCUUGUUAGGUACCUAUGUAACUGUUGAAGAAAUUAUUUACCCUUCUCCCAGAGUUAUAUCUGGUAUGCCACAAAGUCCCUCUCUAAUGAAUUCAACAUGCUUCACAUCUGGUUUGAAAUAG